CUCUCUCGCGGCAGCCCUCCUCCGUGCUUUUUUUCUUCUUAUUUGCACAUACGCUUUUUGCAGUGGAAUCAGCUUUGCAUGCUAACGCCUUCAAAAAGUGGAAUGGCAAACCUCUCUUCUUCUCUUCUCCUUCCUUUCCCUCUCUUCUUGUCCACUUCUUGCCUCUCACUCUCUUUCGCUGCUUUUGCUUUACUUUACUCUACCUUACUUUGCCUUUACCUUGCCUUGGUUCCACUUCUCCGCUUCUCCGCUCCUUUUCCCCCGAACUACCAACUCUUUUUCACUCUUCCUGCUGAGACUGCACACACCGCUUCACACCUCCACAUACUUCCCGUUCGCCCUCACAUACACUCACACAUAAAACAUGCCCGCUACAGUUCCCAGCAUCAACAUCAUCCCGACCCAGGGCCCCAACGGACAGAACUCGGCCGCAUCCUCCUUCGGUGCUUCCUCCCUCCGGAGACAGUCCCUCGCGCACUCCUUCGGAUCUUUCCACUCGGCCCAGCUGCGUCGCUCCUCCGUCUUUGCUCCCUUCCCAUACUCACAAUCUCCCCAAUUCACAGACCUCGGCCACAACAGUUCGCUGCUCGACACGUACAGUUCCUCCCCAAAUUGGGGAGACGUCUAUGAGCGCGAUCUGGAGACCAAUUACUGCAAAAACUUCUCCUGCUGCGGCCUCACCCUCGGUGAUCUGCAUGCGCUUUUGCAGCACUACGAAGAAGCACACGUACGCUUUGAGGAAGAUGAGGACGACGACCUCUUGAUCGCCGGCGGUUUCACGGAUGACGAUGGCUGGUCCACGCACUCUGAUUCUGCCCCCAACAGCCCCCAGAUGACUUCCUCAAAACAUGCUGCAGCGGCAGCGACCGUCGCGGCCUUGACGAAGAAUAUCUCCUUUGCUGGCGCCAAAAAGAAAUCGAACGGAGUCUCAUUAUCCGAUAUCUAUUCGGAGGACUCGUCUGCUCUCAUCCCCGACGAGGCUGUCUCUGCUUUCCCCGAUUCAAUUUUGAGGACAGCCGCCCAGGCCACCCAGAACCCACUCUGCAAAAAGCGAGAUCUCUCCGCCUUCUCGUCCUCGUUCGAUCUCCAGAGCCCCCUCUCCAAGAAGGCGACGACUUUGCACUCCAAGGCCUUCUCGACCAACCCAACUGCUGCUGCCGCAUUGACCGCUGCCUCUCUCAUGGGUGAUCUGCAGCCUUCAUCCAAGGCUCAUUCUACCGAAGCGGGCUCUUUGGUAUCCUUGGGUGCACAGGACGAGCUCAUGAGCACCGUCACCGGCUACCUUGAGCAGGCAGUCCAGCGUGGGUUGUUGCCCAACUGCGGCGAGGUCGGAUCCCCCACCUAUCUUCUCGCAGUCGAGGAAUUGCUCCGCAAGCGCGACGAGAUUGUGAGCAUGAUGGAGAGCAUUGGACGACCAGGAACUGCCGGUGCCGACAAGCCCUAUCGAUGCACUGUCAGCGGGUGUGACAAGGCCUACAAGAACCCCAAUGGCCUCAAGUACCACAACCAGCACGGUCAUUGCUCCAUGCCUGGAUCGGGCGAGGACGACAAGUCCAACGUCAAGCCCUACCGGUGCACCUUCAUGGAUUGCGGCAAGUGCUACAAGAACCUCAACGGCCUCAAGUACCACAUCGAGCAUUCUCACCCGAACCUGGCUGCGGCACUCUACGCCAACAUCCCCGGAUUUGCUAAUUUGGAAGGAGGCAAUGCCAGCCAGGCGGCCAUCACUGCCGCAGCUGCGAUUGCUGCGGUCAAAGGCGACAGCAUCAUGAUGAGCGCCAUCAAUGCAAUCAUUGCCUCAGCAGCCAAUAACAGUGCCCGUCCAGGAUCCACUGUUGUAGAAAAUACUCCCGAUUCAAGUCCUAACGCCAGUCCUGUGCUUGGACCUGUCCGCGUACAGAACCCCUUUUCGGCCGAAGUGACCCCCAUGGCGUCACCUUUGCUCGCUCGUGCAGUUCUUCCCAGCCCUGCUCUCUCGAUCCAGACGACUAUUGACGGCACAAAAAAUUCCCCUAUCAGAUUGGCAGGAUUGAUGACGCCCUCGUCGCUCUCACCGACCAUCGCGAGCUCGCCAAAGUCGCCCAAUGGAUCGCAGGUUUCGACAUUGACGGCUGCACUGGCUGCGGUUGCUGUUGAGCAGCACAAGCCGUAAAGCUGGACCCAGGCGAUGGCUCAUCCACCAGCCCAUUUGGAGAUCGGGACCCUGAUCCAGCAGUAUCUAAAGUAGAGGACGUAGUGAACGGGCCUGCUGGUACAAACCCAACCCAACUUUCA